UACCACAAAAAAAGAGUGACCAGAAUUUGUUUUGCUUUGGCCACGGAAGUGUAUCAUCGUAUUUCUCGAAAUAUCUUCCAGAAAAUAGCUCGAAAAUGACGAAAGUUGCUGAUAACUUGAACCCGAAUAUAUACGAAAAGGCUUCAGAGCGAGAAAUCUCUUCUACGGACCUGGAUGAAGACGUUGCAGACGAUUUUGACGAGAAGGAAAUCUUCGAUUUAAUACGCAAUAUUAACGAUCCAGAACAUCCGUUGACUCUAGAAGAGCUAAGAGUGGUGCAAGAAGAGAAUGUCUUCGUAAAUAACAAGGAAAACACGGUGGAAGUACAUUUUACGCCCACUAUUCCCCACUGUAGUAUGGCCACUUUGAUAGGCCUGUCCAUCCGUGUGCAGCUCCUCCGAGCACUCCCCUCCCGGUUCAAAGUAUCCGUGCAGGUAUCCGAGGGCACACACCAGUCCGAACAUGCAGUGAACAAGCAGUUAGCGGACAAGGAACGUGUAGCUGCUGCAUUGGAGAAUAACACCUUGCUGCAGAUCAUUAACCAGUGCAUUGCUACCGUUUAGUUUUUAGUUUGAUUUUAUAGUUGAAGCACCAUCAGGCCUGUUAUCUUUAACUUUGUCUUAUAAUAUAAUAUAUUAUAAGAUAAACUACCAUAUCCGACAUAUUUCAUAUUUUAUUGUUACAACCAUUGAUUUACCACGUUACAACUGUGGGAGUGCUCAAAUCAAUAGCGCGAGCACCUUGGUUCACUUGCAUGGACGAACUUCACGAGUACCUUGGAAUGAGGACAGUUAAGCAAGAAAUUGCCACCACUACAAGGCUAUACAGAGAUCGAAUUACUCAUCACCAAAACAAACUGGCCCGGAGUUUAAGUGACAACCACUAUAUGAGACGCCUCAAAAGGACGCACAUAUGGGAUGACAUACAGUAGCACCUUAAUGAAGGCAGCCUUCUAAUGAGGGGGCCUGUCCUGCAUGUUAAUAAAACGAGACCAUCAAAACUGCUUAUGGUCAGUCGACCGAUCGCAUGUUUGGGCACAAAAAUGAAAAAAAAAAAAACAUCUGUCAAGUGGCCAAUUGUGUUCAAAAUGAGUUGUGCAGUCUCACUUCCGCUUUUAAUUUCUCAAUAACAACUGACGAUUCUGAGCAUUGAUUUACUACUACCGUAGAAUGAACAUCAGCGCUCAAAAAGUGGAACACAAAGUUACUGUUAAUAUAGCGGCGUUGACAGUACUUUACCUCAGUGCGCGAUUAGGCGCCGAACUGGCAACACGGGGAAGUGCGUGGUAAAAACUUGCAAAAAUAGAAACUCAAAGGAUAAAAGCAUAGGAUAGUGUGGCCAGAUGAGAUGUAUGAGAGAGAGUAUGUAUGUAGAAAAAUAUUAAAAUUGUAAUUAAUUUAUUUAUAAGUUUGUUACAUUGUAUAAUGAUUAUAUUGUAUAAAGUUUAAAAGUAAUUGUGAUAUACUUAUUUUGUAAUUGUAAAGUAAAUAAAAUGUUCUUCUUUUUAA